UCUUGGAUGUUAUAUUAACACAUUAUUCGUAUUCCACCAAAAUGAAAUCGAGUGUGAUGAUAUCAGUUUUGCGGAUUUUUCUGGGAAUAUUAUCGGCCAUAUUUUUAGCCCUCUCAGCCGCCUUAUUUUUCUCCACCGUAUGGCUCUUCUCCGCUUACAGCCAUUACGAGGACAUCCGCAACGCGAAAUUCGCCCUCAUUCCUACCACCGCUAUAUUCGGUCUCGCGGUGAUUUUACUGGUCGUCGGUUUGACCGCCGCGUUUACCUGCUGCUGUUGCUACAACAACAAAUGCUUGCCCAGCACUCUGGCCAUAUUCCUGUUCCUGCUUCUGGGUUUAGAGCUGACGGCUUGCGUACUCGCCUACAAGUACAAAUCCGCGUUGGAAUCGGAAGUGAAAAGGGAGUUGGUAGACGCCUUCCAACAUUAUUCCAAUGUCUCGGACCUCUACGACGAGAUAAAUUUCGUCCAGACCAAGUUGAAAUGUUGCGGCAUUUACAAUUAUUCUGAUUGGUCCGAAACUCCUUGGUACAAAGCUAUCAAAGAAGCCGAUCCGUCGAGUGAUAGGGUCGUGCCAAGUAGUUGUUGCGUCAAGGCUUACGAAUGUUCUGGAAGCCUCGAAGAACCUACGACAUAUUAUCAUAAAGGCUGCUUUACAAGAUUUAAAAACGUUUUUUCCAACAACUUGAUUUACAUUGCAGAGGUUGCCGUCGCCUUUUUCGUUAUUCAACUUCUUGGAGUCGUUUUCUCCCUCAUCCUCUUGUGUCAGAAGAAGGAGGUCUCUCAUUCUUACCGAGUAUUAAAUCACGAUAUGGAUUACACUAUAUGAAGCAACAAAUAAAAUCUUAUAUUCAUUUUUUAUAAUAUAUUAUAUUUUGUAUAGCCCAACUUUAUAAAAGUAUUUCCUUUUCAUUUUUUUUUACUACUAACGGACAUUUUGUCCUUUAUUUUGUGGACCUCCUUGAAAAA